AUGACUCUAGUCAUGGUAAGUCACCGUCAUACUCAGCGCGUGCUACAGGAACAAUUCAACGGGUCAAUGGAGACAAUUAAUCGAAACGUGCACAAAGUUCUCCUUGGACUAUGCAGAUUUGCCGCCACAGUAAUAAGGCCGUAUGACCACAAUAAUGUUCACCCAAGAAUUGCAAACUCAAAACACUUCUAUCCAUGGUUCCAGGGUGCUGUUGGAGCUCUAGAUGGCACACAUAUUCCAGUUUGCCCGCCAAGUGAAGAGCAAAUGGCAUAUACCAAUCGAUACGGGAUACACUCGCAAAAUGUCCUAGCAGUGUGCGAUUUUGACAUGCGAUUCAACUACAUCUACGCUGGAUGGGAAGGCAGUGCCCACGAUGCACGAGUGCUAGAAUCUGCGUUGAUGCCGCCAUCAGAUUUUUCAAUUCCACCUUCAGGGAAGUACUACUUGGUAGAUGGAGCGUAUAGAAAUACUCCGGGUUUCUUACCACCCUACAAGAAUGUUCGGAAACGAGACCCAGCCAAGCGGCCAAAACUGAAGUACCAUCCUUUCCUCUUGACGCAUGAAGAGCGUGAGAAAAUUGUCAUUCGUGCUCAGCGAAAGAUGAAAGCGAGAAUACGGACUUUAACAAUCAAUGUUGGAAAUUGGACAUCUCGGAUUGAACAUGCUAAGCAACCUAGCAUCUAUUAUCUAAGAAAUUUUAGUGCUCACAUUGAGGAAGCAGACACGCUCAAUAACUAUCGGUGGAUACUACAAGACUCUAGUGCAAAUAUCCCAUCUUUGCCAGAAAGGAAUUUAGCUCUUGCACGUCAUUUUGGGGGUUCUUAUCUCCUAAAGCUUUACCACAAUGCUAUGUUUGAGGAGUUAAGUCCUUGA